AUUUUAUGAACUAAUUUAACUUUAAAAGUCAAUUUCAUGGUUCAUUUUUAAUAGCCACUUAACUUUCUUCAUUAAAUGUAAAGUAAGGAUUUUGAUUAGCACUCGAUUUUAUUGGCUGAGGCACAAUGAAACUGGAAUUUUCCUAUUUUCAACUUCUUUUAAUAAUUCUUUAUUUGAAUUAUGUUAAAUUAGUACCCGACGAAUACUGCCUCUCCCCCCUUAACCGGAGUGACUGCGGGACCCCCCCGACCCCCGUGUUCUCAUACUUUAAGUACGGGUCCCGGUGCGAGAUCGAGACCUGGCGCGGCUGCCCCACAGAUAAUAUGUUCGAAAACGAGUACCACUGCUCGCAGUACUGUAUAGGGAUGACGAAGUACUAUGGACGGGAAAAAGGUAUUUCCAUAGAAGACUUAAGUUUUAAAGAACUUGAGGACGUAAAUAAGAUUCUUCAUGAAAUCGAUGACAUGGAUGACGAAGCAAAAGAAAAAUUGGAUUAUGUAUCUCCUGCUGGCAAACCGGCUACCAAAACUACAGUUAAAGUCAAAACAAAGGAUACAAAAACUACAGUUGAAGCCAGAACGGAAGAGGAUGAACCAGAAGAAGAAUAUGAUGAACAUGAUAUAGCUAGAACAACACUGGUGCGUUUGACACAAUACCCUGUUACAGGUGAUAUAACCGACAUAACGCCAGCUCUAAUACUUAGACAAAAAAAGAAGAAUGCGUAA